GGCCGCGGGGGGGUUUUCGAGCCCCGAGGGAGAUUCGUGGGAUUGGAGGAGAGACACCGGUGCGCGGCAGAUUGGGCGGGAAAGAGUGAGAGUAGGGGAAAGCAAACCCUAGGAACGGGGUAGGGAAGGCACAUCAGGCGGCGCGCGGCGGCGGGCGGUCUGCUCUCUGGCACGCGGCCCUGGGAUCACGCUGCUGGGUGAGGCGAGGCGGGAAGGCCAGGUCGGUGCUCGGCCCGGGUUCCGUCGCGUCUCGCUCGCUCCCUCCCCGCGCUGCGGGCUCUGCGCCCUUCCGCGGCGCCCGGGAAACCCGCUGUGCUAACGGCUCUCAGGGCGGGGGAGGUCUGGCGGCGGCACCCCUCGGCGCCUGCUCCGCGGGAGCCUGCACUCACUUCCCCGUCAACCCGCGCGGUGCAGAGCGCCGAACGCCGCAGCGCUCCCUGGGACCCUCCCGAGAAAGCUCGCAGGCACACGGUCCCACCAGGGCCGGCCCACCAGGGGGAGGACGCGUCACUUCGGGUGCUCCCCUCCCUCCUUCCCCUCUCGGAUGUCGUCUGUGGGAGUGAUCUCUGGUUAGCGAGGCGUUUGUGCGCGUGCACCCUGUCCUACCUCUUCCUUGGAUAAUCCCUAACUACGCACACCAGCGCCCCUGAAACAGCUGUCAGAGAGCGCUUGGGCAUCCUUUACUAGGCUGGCAGAAGCUGGCGAUGGAGGCGUUGGUGAGGCACAAAGUCAGCCCUGGGUGUGUAGGGUUGUGUAGACCUCCCGCCUCCGCCUCUCCUGGCAUUAAAGCAGCCGGGAGGCAGAGACGUGAAUCUUUGAGUUCCAGGACAGCCAGAGCUACAUAGUCAAACUGUCUCAAGAAACAAAACAAACACAAAAACUAAGGGUUAUUUCUCUGCAGAAGAGGCUCUGAGUACUCUACUGACCAUCCAGCUUGAAAUCCUGUCAUUAGAUCGCAGGCUGUCCUAAGUGGUCGAUGUGGAUGCUCUUAUUUAAAAGAGAUGAGUGUAGCUAGUGCUGUAGUUAGAGUAGAAACCUGGCUUUUGGCAACAUGGCAUGUUAAAGUGCCUCUACUGUGGCUGGAAGCUUGUGUUAACUGGAUCCAAGAAGAAAAUAAUAAUGCUAAUUUGAGUCAGGCACAAAUAAAUAAACAAGUGUUAGAGCAAUGGCUUCUUACCGACCUGAGAGACUUGGAACAUCCUCUCUUACCUGAUGACAUUUUAGAGGUUCCAAAGGGAGAGCUGAAUGGAUUUUAUGCUCUACAGAUCAAUUCUUUGGUUGAUGUAAGUCAACCUGCGUAUUCCCAGAUACAGAAGCUGAGAGGAAAGAAUACAACCAAUGAUCUAGUUUCAGCUGAAACACAGAGUACUCCAAAACCAUGGGAAGUAAAGCCUUCACGGAUGCUAAUGCUGCAGCUCACUGAUGGUGUCACACAAAUUCAGGGAAUGGAGUAUCAGUCUAUUCCAGCUCUCCAUAGUGGUCUUCCUCCAGGUACAAAAAUUUUAGUUCAUGGACACAUUUUGUUCCGUCUUGGUGUUCUCUUACUGAAACCAGAAAAUGUGAAGGUGUUAGGGGGUGAGGUAGAUGGUCUUUCAGAAGAAUAUGCCCAAGAAAAAGUACUUGCAAGAUUAAUUGGUGAACUUGAUCCUACAGUUCCAGUCAUUCCAAAUAAUUCCAAUCACAGUGUGCCCCGAGGUUCAGUGGGGUUAGAUGCUGUUUUGGGGCCUUCGGAUGAAGAACUCUUGGCAAGUCUUGAUGAAAGUGAAGAGCUUGCAGCAAAUAGUGAUGUGACUAUGGAAAGAAGCUGUUUCAGCACAGGCAGUUCCUCAAAUACUACUCCGACAAAUCAGUCUAGUUUUGAGCCAGUAUGUAAUAUUUCUUCAAGGCCAAAUGAGAAAGCACCCAGCCAGCCUGUGCAUUUCACUGAUGGGGAGUUUGAUGACUGUUCACUGGAAGAGGCCUUGCUUCUAGAAGAAACUGUCCAGAAAGAACAGAUGGAAACAAAAGCAUCACAGCCACUAACUUUGAAGGAAAACACAAGUAAAUGUAUGGAGAUCUUUUCACAUAAACCAAGUAUUCUGAACCAUAAACUGAUUCAUAAACAAGGAAACAGCAAUUUCGAUGAAAAAACAUUAUCUGAACAAAUGAUUCAUGAAGACAAAGUUUUUGACUGUCCAUCUCCUAGAGACCGUCAUAAGAGGCUCUUAGCUCGUGAUUUUACAAAUGAUACUAAGAUAUCAGAAGUAGAUGGUGCAGCACAACAAACCGUCAGCAGUUCAGAUGUACAUUGCCUAACUAAUAAAAUGUUAAACAGAAUGCUGGACAUAUCAGAAAGGAGUUUACACAUUUCUAAAGAAAAUGGCCACCCUUUCCAGACUUGCUCUUCAAAAUCAUUUGGGAAUAAUACUUACCCGUCUAUUGGCAUGGACUUACGCUCUUCACCCUUUAUCUAUCUGUCCGUCCUAAUGGCCAGAAAUCCAAGGGAAGUUACCACUGUGAAAGUCAAAGCAUUUAUUGUCACUUUAACUGGAAAUCUCUCAAGUUCUGGUGGCAUUUGGGGUGUAACUGCAAAGGUUUCUGAUGGUACUGCAUAUCUAGAUGUAGAUUUUAUAGAUGAAAUACUUACCAGUAUGAUAGGAUAUUCAGUACCAGAAAUGAAGCAAUUAAGAAAGGACCCUCUUAAAUAUAAAAAAUUCCUAGAAGGGUUACAGAAAUGUCAGCGAAAUCUGAUAGAUUUGUGUUGCCUAAUGACUAUUUCAUAUAAUCCUUCUUCAUGUAAAGCCAUGGUAUUGGAAUUAGAAGAUGUUGGUAUGGAACACCUUGAGAACCUAAAAAAACGGUUGAAUAAAUAAUUUGCCAGAAUACUAUUGGAGCACAUUUUAAAACAGGCAAAUAUUGGGAAUCAGAUUUGGUUAUUCUCAAUUUUGCAAUUCUAUAAAAGAAAAAAGCUACAGAGCUUAACAAUUACUGAGACAGCUCAGUGGCUGACCGGUUUUCUGCCAAGUAUGGUGACCUGAGUUUGAUCUCCUGGUCCCUUGAGGCAAAAGUCAAGACCCAGCUUCCAGAAUCUGUUGUUAGUUCUCUACAUAGGUAGCAUAGGACACACAUACACUAAGUAAGUGACAUUUAAAAAUAAAGAUGUUUAAUCAAAGUGUAUGUGUAAGAAUGUUUUUGUUUUGGUGAUACUGGCCCAGAGUCUUGUAAUGCUAGCAAGCUUCUCCCAUAGUCACAUCUCCAGACCCUUGGGGUGUUUGUUUGUUUUGUUUAUUUUUUGUUUUUCCUCCCUGGAAAUUGGAUCUCAUACCCAGGCUGUCCUCGAGCUCUCUUGGAUAGCUGAGCGAGACCUUGAGUUUCUGAUCUCUUGCCUCUACCUCCCAAGUACUAGGAUUCGGGUUGUGCAUUUUUACUUGGUACACCAGUUUAAAGCCAGGUCUCUGUGUGCUGGGCAAAUGCUCUACCAACUGAGCUGCAUCCCUAGUCCUUGUCGAAGGGUUUGCUAACCCACUCUCCUGAGAAAAUUGUUUUCCACUUGUCACUGAAUAGACCUAUUAAGAUGGGCUGACAGCAGUUUGCUGGGUAAAGGUGCCUGCUGCUGAGCCUGACAACCUGACACUAUUCCUGGGACCACAUGCUGGAAAGUGGAAACCCAGCUCUCACAAGAUGUCCUCUGAUUUCCAUCUGCAUGCCAUAGCAUGUGUAUGCCCCCUCUGCUGCAAACACGUACACACAAUGAAAUAAAAUUUAAUAAAUUGAUGUUCCCCAAAGAGAUAGUAUUGAAAAUGAGUGAUUUUACCUCUAAUAAGUUGAAUUUUUUUUUAAAUGUAAUUUUAAAGCUGAUUUAGAUGUCUUACAUUUACUAUCUGUAAAGGUCAGGGGACAACCUGUGAGACUUGGAUUUCUCCUACUGUGUGGAUUCUUGGGGUAAUAUUGUCAGACUUAGCAAGCUCCUUUACCUACUGAGCUGUGUGACGGGCCCUGUGGCUUUUGAGAUGUUAUCUUGAUACAUUUCCAGGAUCCUUUGAAUCAACUUUUCAUAUAAAUUAUUUGUGUUACUGUUUUAAAGAGACUACGCUCUUUUCCUUUUGCUGUACUAGAUUAUGUUUGGGAUAUGUAGUUUUUAAAUUGUGUGUGUGUGUGUGUGUGUAUGUAGAGAUUUCUUGAUGGUUAAUGAGCUGAUUGCUGCCUUUCCAGAGACUCCCAAGUUUGUUCCCGAAGAUGGGCUACUGAGCUUCCAGUAACUCCAUCUCCAGGAGAUUUGCUAACUCUCCUCUGGCUUCCUCAGGUGUGGCUAUAUGCACAUGUACAGGCAUAUGCACACACACAUAUAUUUUGAAGCAUGGUUUCUCUGUAGUCCUGGCUGUCCUGUAACUUGCUCUGUAGACCAGGCUGACUUCCAACUCACAGAGAUCCAACUGCCUCUCCCUCCUAAGUGCUGGGUUAAAGGCGUGUACAACUAUGUCAGGCUUCAUGACAGAGGGGGCAGGAACAGGAGAGAGAGAAUGGUAGUGGAGGCAAAAGGAUCAAAAGUUGAUCAUUCUUGGCUACAUAGAGGCCAGCUAGGCCCAUAUGAAACUUUGUCUCAAAAAAAGUUGAAUAAAAAGAUGUAAAAAAAAAAUGUUUUUCAUUGUGAAAAAAAAUUCACAGCACAAGAGUAGAUAUAUGCAUUUUUAACACAUGUGUCUAUGGCAUGUGUAGAUGCCCACAGAGGCUGGAAGAGUCCAUCAAAUCAUCUUGAGCUGGAGUUGUAGGUGUGUGUAAGCUGUCUACCUUGGGUACUUAGAGCUAAACUAUAGUCCCAGAAGAGUAGCAAGUGCUCUUAACCACCCAGCCAUCUCUUCCAAUUCCAGAAGAUGCAUUGGUUGUUUUGUGUCAACUUGACACAAAGAGUUAUCAGAGAGGAGGGAGCCUCAGUUGAGAAAAAUGUCCCCACGAGAACCAGCUGUAGGACAUUUUCUCAAUUAGUGGUCAGUGGGGGAAGACCCAGCCCAUUGUGGGCGGUACUAUCCCUGGGCUGGUAGUCCUGGGUUCUAUAAGCAGACCGAGCAAGCCACAGGAGCAAGCCAGUAAGCUGCACCUCUUCAUGGCCUCUGCGUCAACCUCUGAAUCCAGGUUCCAGUCCUGCUUGAGUUUGUAUCCUGACUUCCUCCAUUGAUGGACUAUGAGCUGGAAGUGUAAACCAAAUAAACUUCUACAAGAUG